GGCAUGAUGAUCAAUAUUAUUCAAACACCAAUGAUCAGAGAGAUUGGUGGUCUGAUAAAGGCUAUUAAGCUUGUAUGUAGAUGUGUAUAUCCAGUAACUCAUUUUAAUGUUAAGCACAGUUACAAUAGUAAUUUCUUUAUUGUUAUUUUUAUGUUAUAAUAGUAUACAAGAAUCUAACAGAACUAUGGAGAAUGUAAAUGGAAUAAGGAUUUCAACAUUUAAUGUACAUGGAUUUUCAACAUGUAAACCAUUCCUGUACAAUUUAUUAUCAACUGUAGAUAUUCUAGGAAUUUCAGAGCACUGGGUAUACAAUGCUGGUUUAUGUAAUGAAAUGAGUACAUUUCACCCGGAUUUUGAAUGUUUAAGUCUGUGUGCAAAGCGAGUAUUUAAGAUUGGUAGAGCGAGUGGUGGCAUUGCUAUUUUUUGGAGGAAAUCUUUAAAUCAUUGUAUUCAAAUAAGUGAUAUUAAUUUACAUUUUGAUGUAAAUCAUGUACUACAUAAGAGAAUUUGUGGUAUAGAAUUAACAAUGCAAGGGAAUAGUGAGAAAUUGUGCAUUUUUAAUGUUUAUUUACCAUCUAAGGAUAAUGACAAUGGUAUUGCAUAUUCAAAUGCCUUAGAUAUCAUUGAUAAUAUUAUUGAAACUAAUGAUAUGCAUCAGAGAUGCAUUAUAAUUGGGGAUCUAAAUGGUGAUCCUCGUGCUUUAAAUAGUGAUAACCCUCAAUCACAAGGAUCACUGUUAUCUGAAUUUACUCACAGGAAUGAAAUGAACAGUGUGAGCUCAAUACAUACACUUAAAGGUCCUAGGUAUACAUACACUGGAUAUAAUGGAACAGUUUCUUGUAUUGAUCAUAUUUUAAUACCACAUAAUAUGAACAGUCAAAUAGUUGAAGUUUCGCAUAUAGAGAAUCCUGUUAAUACAUCUGAUCAUUUGCCAGUGAGAGUAAUUUUGGAAUUAAAGUGCAAUUUCCAAAAUUCUGAGAAUAUUAUGCAGUCCUCUAAACUUGCAUGGAAUAAGGUGUCUAAAGAUUUUAUAAAUGACAAUUAUUUUCCUUUAGUGGAAUCUUUAUUUAAGAGGCUGAAUGAAGAGAAAUCUAUAGAUAAUGACAACACAUUUGAUAAAAGAAAAUUCUCACCAAGUGAAAUAGAGGAGUUUAUGGAAAGUAUAACUAAAAAUUUUAAUUCAGCUGCCAAUUUAUCUAUACCUAAAAUCCGGUUCAGGAAAAAGAAUGGUAAACCCUACUGGAAAUGUAACCCACUAUUACCCCAGAUAACAAAGGAUAAAAAGAUUGCUUAUGAUAACUGGUGUGCAGCGGGAAAACCAAGGGAAUCCAAUAAUGUUCUUUGGAUUAAAAUGAAAGAGUCUAAAAAGGCUUUAAGGAAAGCUUUAAGGCAAGCUGAGUA